CUCGUAGUUGUUGAAAAGCUCGCAUCCCUCCACUCUUUACCGGUCUCAACCUUUUCGCAACGCACAAGACCGACAUAAGACAAUGUUGAAGCUAAUCCCACAUACCGUGGAUAUUCUGAUUCUGGGUGCUGGGUGGACGUCCACAUUUCUAAUCAAUCAUCUCGAAGCAGAGGGCAUCACGCAUGCGGAGACAACAACAAGUGGCAGGGAGGGAACCAUACCAUUCAAGUUCGAUUCAGAUUCGCAUGAUUUGGUGCCCUAUCAACGACUGCCCCAAGCGCGGACGGUUCUGAUCACCUUUCCGCUGAUCGGACGCGGUGCAUCCACACGCCUGUGCGAGCUGUAUCAAAAAACGCAUGGUGCAAUAGAACAUCACUGGAUUCAAUUAGGUUCGACGGGUAUUUUCAACCAGGGUACAGGGUGGAUUUCCGAGGAAUCAGAUUACGACAGCGCCAACGCACGGGCAGUAGCCGAAGACGAACUUCGCACUGCCUUUAACGGCUGCGUGCUCAACCUCGCAGGCCUCUACGGUCACGAUAGAAAGCCUUCCAACUGGUUGGGUCGUGUAGCAAAGUCAAAGGAUGAUGUCCGGGCGAAGAAGGCAGUUCAUUUCAUCCAUGGGGAGGAUGUGGCGAGGGCAAUCAGCGCAACCCAUCGAAACUUUACGCCUGCAAAGAGAUGGCUCAUCACGGAUAUGAGGGUGUACGACUGGUGGGAUUUGAUCCUGAGUUUCAGCUCUGCGGCGAGUGAAGGGCAAGAAUCGGAGUACGCAACCUGGAUUGCAGAGUUAAUGGAAGAGCAUGACAUCAAGGCAUUACCGAGGGACACCAACGGACUCGGCAGAAGAUUGGAUUCGAGGAGAUUUUGGAAGACAAUGAAUUUGUGGCCGGAACAUGCAAGAUUAGCUUAAUCAAAUAAUUCUCGUCAGUAGAGAAAAAGGGUUAUGUGCCCGGGCUAUGAGAGGGUGUGUGUGUAACUACAGAGGGUUGGCACGUCGGGCUGACCCCAUGCUACUCGCAGUAUUUAUGCCUACAACAGUGUCUUAGCGAGGUUUAUUGCAAGCAGUUAAGAUUGUUUACUGGCUACAGUACAUUUUUAAGUAGACACUUUAGGUAUAGAAGAUA